UCCACUCAGCUUCUACGUGCAGCGUGUUGAUGAAGAGGAGGAACUGUUCUCUCUGGUGGAACAGCUGAACGAUCCAGAGUGGACACAGAAGGACAGUCCCAUCCAGGAUGUGCAUGUUGGUGAUCUGGUCCUGGCAGAAUUUUCUGAAGAUUCCUCGUGGUACCGAGCCGUGGUGAAAGAGAUCCAGGAGGAGCACACGGCUCUGAUCGAGUUUGUUGACUUUGGAAACACGGCCGAAGCUCCAGUUUCCAACAUGCGCAGACUCCAGCAGUCCUUCCUCCAGCUUCCUGCCUACAGCACCCACUGCAUGUUGGGAGAUGCUGAAGGUCUGGGCCUGAGAAUGCUGGAUCCAGAGGUGGUGUCACUCUUUAGAGAAGAGCUUGGAGUGGGUGGAGAAAAGGUGCUGAGAUGCUGCUUCAUCAAGCGGGUGGGGUCAGUGUGGGAGGUCAGCCUGGAAGACGGCGGUGUGGCUGUUGGGUGUAAAGUUCCUGACGUGGUCACUGAGGAGCACGAGGAGGAGGAGGAGCCAACCAAUAUCCCCGCCGUCACGCAAGAGGCAGAAAUAUCAGAGAAAUCUCCCGUCAGUGUCUGCUCUCCUCACAAGGAACAAGAAUGCACUGAAGAGCAGCAGCUGGAGGAAUUCAUUCCAACCAUGAAGGAGAAGAGUUUGUCAGGUGACAGUGGUGUGGAAGAGAAGACAAGUGGAGGGAAGAGUCCUCCACCUGUUGAUGCUCCUGAGAGUGAAUGCUUUGACUCUUCACCAUACGUCGUAAAUGAUCCUGAAACCAAAGUGUGUGACAUAGAAGAGAAGGAAACGUCAACCUGCUACUUGGAGAGUGAAAAUUUCACUGAGCCAAUUCAAGAGAAAAAUGAAGAAGAUGAAAGGAUCACAUCAGUUCCUUCUUUGACGGCCUCCAGAGCUGUGCACAUGAUUCCUCGAAAAGCUGAUCUGGAGACUUCAGAUCCAGUUUUAGACGUUCCAAAACAGUUGUCAUUUGAUAGUGGUGUGGAAGAGAAACCUGUCCAAACUGAAGAGACGAGUUCUCCACCUGUUGAUGCUCCUGAGAGCGAAAGCCUUGAUUUGUCACAGGAGAAGAUUGGAGACGACAUUGAUGAACCUGAAACCAGAAUAGAGGAGAAGGAAGCUUCACCCUGCAGCUCAGAAAUAAAAAGUUUUUCUGAGCCAGGUGAGGAGAAACAUGAACAGGAAGCCUCUGAAUGGAGAUCCUUUGGGAAAACCUCUACAGCAGUUCAAAUGGUUCCUCAAGACUUUGUUAUUGAAGAGAUUAAGGAUCCAAAUGUCCCAGAACAGGAUGAUGAGAGCAGGGGGGCGUCCACCUGCGUGGAGGAGAGCUGUCCUGCAGACUUCUGCACAGCAGAUUUAAAAGAUGAGAGUCCUGAUGGAGAAACUCUGAGUCAAGGUUCAGAUGAUCAUCUGAGUGCAGCAGCAGAGGAAGAAACAUCUGCUGUCACGUUUCCUUGUGAAGCUGUUGGACCAGAGGUCAAAGGUGGAGGAGACUACAUUCAUGACAAGCUAGAGAAAAAAGAGAGUUCUGGAAGCUCUGAGGAAUCAGAAGAAGUUCAUCAGGACGAUGCGUCGAGUCUGUCUGUUGAGGACGUCUUCACUGGUCAGGAGAAGUCCAUCAGUGGAGACGAAUGUUCUGGUGUCCAGCUGUCCCUCACAUGUAUGUGCAUGGAGGACAUCACAGCUGAGGUUCUUCCUGCUGAGAAGCUUACAGAGAAGUAGCUGAUUUCUGUUCAUUUAUGGUAGAAAUGGCAUCUGAGGCCUGUUGAAGUGUUCCGCUCCUAAUGAGUUCUGAUGUUCUGAUCCGUUUGCUUUGUCCAUCCCAUCUUUAGUUCAAGUCUAAGCUUAAACUUCAUUAUUUACUCUUUAAAGCUGUCAGUGUUCCUCCUUCCAGUCGGGUAUUUUUCUCAUAAAGCAAAAAAUGGGUUGUGAAUUUCUGAAUAUAUGAUUUCUUUGUUUUUGUGGAUCUGUUUCUGUUCCCUAUUCAUAUGAUAUAUGACGUCUUUGCUGAGAAGAGAUGAGCCAAUGUUGUUUUGUUCACUAGCAUCUUAAAUAUAAUAAAUUGUUAUUUUUGUUGGAAAGACAA